AUCGGGACAGACAAGGGCUCGAGCCUCGGUGACUGUGGCGUUGUUGUUGUUGUUGCCGACAGUGCAUGUUGUUGUGGCCGCAGCUUGCUGACAAAGUUUUGUUUACCUCGCCGAGACGAGCUUGGCGCUCACUGCUAUAAUUCGAUCGCUCGUCUGUAGGUUUUUUUUUUGUCUCAUGUCUCAAUCAAAGCGGAUUGACUGCACUAAGAGAGAUGCAUGUGACGUAUUAAGCUCCCUGACAAGUUGAAUUGAUCCGUGGUGAUUGGUUUAUUAGCUGUGCCACCACACUUUGUUCAUACGGGCUGCAUUGUUGCCUCGGUUUGUUGCAACGGGACAUGGCAUUAGUGAAGUGGAUAAUCCGUUUCCUGCAACAAAGCGUUUCUCGUAAAUAACGCUGAGCUGGCUGGCAACAGAAAGUGAUGUGGAGGGACGGCAGGGGGGGCUAGAAGAGGUAGAGUCCUGUGGUGGAAGUGGCAUGUUUUACUUCAUAUGUAGUCUUUAUUUUUCGUCUCUUGCACGCUGCAGGCCUCGCGUGCCCGCUGGUGCGCGAUCCGUGCCACACUGACUGAUUUAAAUUAGGAAACAGCGAUGGAUUAGGGCGGCUAAUGGUGCUUGACAUUUAUAUUAAGCCAAUUUAACGUGCUACUUUGUUUACAGGCUUGUGUAAGGUUGCACUUGUGAUGCGUCACGAUGAUCCCUCACCUCAGCAGGCGUGUUUGUUUAAUGCACAGCGACUGCUCUCACAGCGUGGUCGCUCAGUUAUCAACGGCUAUAUUUCUGCUCCAAAGCAGGUCAUUCUGAUUUAUUUACGUGCACCUAUUCAAAGACGAUGUUUCAUAGGAUUCGACAACAUGGCUAUAGGCAUGUGCACCAUCACAUGGCCUUGCUGGUGCACACACUGCUGUUUGUUAGGCCACACUGCGUGGUCAUUCAGCUUCCCCAGUCAGUGGUGCCCCUGAGCCAGUGCAAGAUCUGAACAGCUGCAGCCAGUCUUAAAAUAGAAGCUUGUGUUUUACUAGGCCACCAGAGUAAAGGGUGAUGAUUGCAAGUCACUUCCUAUGAAAGAUGGCCUUUGCCAAGUCCAUGUUGUAGAAAUUCUGGUAUUAAUUUAUGUAAUCAGCCUGACAAAUUGUUGUUUUGUAAUGUGAGUCCUGCAGCAGGCAAGCGCUUUGAUAAUGGUGAUCCUUGCAGCAAUAAAAAGUCUUUAGAUUUGUGACUGCGGCACAAAAGUGACAAGUUUAUUUUUAUACAGAUAGAGCAAAGAUUGAAAUUGUAACAGAAACAUUCGGGAUCUGCUUGCAUCUUGUAAUUUGGCAAACUGCAUUGUGUCAAAAUCUGCUCCCAAACCUUGCUGUGAGAUAAUACUUUUGAUAAUCAUCACAGGUUUCCAUGGCAAUUAUCAGGAUCCCCUACAAGCUAUCAAAGCCCUGCAAGGCCAUUUUGACUUUUUCCCUGCUCUCUUUUCCCUCGCGUACGUGGUGUCAUCAUGACUCAUUCCUGCUCACUUUCAGUUGUCCUUCCUUUUUUGAGUCUGCAGCCAUGGUUCAAAGGGCAUGGGUUCCCUUUUUUGUUUGCUUCUGACGAGUUGCACAGUAAAAAAAUAGAGUGGUAUCUUUCUGUCACGUUCAGCAUGCUCUCUCUUCUGGUAGUUUGGCAGGAAGGCAAGCUUACUUUGUGUUGCGGGUCAGUCGAGCCAUGAGGGCUUUGUGUUGGAAGUUGUAAGUGAGCUGUGGUCUUUUUUUUUUCAGUAGUGAUCUUUUUUUUUUUUUUUUUAAUUGCCUUCAUGUCCUCUGGUGCAGUAAUAUUCUUUAAUGACAUUUCCUGGAGCUAUUGAUUUAGCUAUCUCUUAACAGCUGAAGUUCCAGUAGUAUAUGCAGGUCAGGUAUACGUGUUUGCAUGCAGAACCUUAUCCCUUUGUCACGUGAGCUUAGCGAAUAAUGACACAGUUUAGACCUACCCCUCCUCUCCCCAUUCCAUCAUCCGAUCUAUUGUUGAAAAAGCAAACGGCAUGCUUUUACAUGGCUAAGGGUGUUCCCAUGAAUGAGAAAAACAAAGACUUCUUCAGAUCUGCUCACCCCAGGCCGGCGACCUCUAAGUUGGUCACAAAGAACUUCAGAGAAGAGAAGAUUAUCUUGCUACUGCGCACAUUGAUGUCUAUGUAGUUUUACAGCUUAAUUUUACUGCAGGUACCCUUUAAUUCUGCAGGUACCCUUUAAUUUUGCUAUAUUCAAGUGGAACCCAGUGGUGCAUUAAUAGCUGGUUUCGUUGAAAAUAUUCUCCUGGCUCGGCUUAUUCAUGCCCGUCAUGAGUGUACCAGCUCAACAGAAACCCAGCACCAAAAGAACAGGCAAACGCAUCACAUUUUUCAGCGAACAAGGCGUAGCAAUGAAGGAGACUCCUCAGCACCCUGAGGGGUCCUACUAUGUCCCAGGCGGCACUGCCACAGAUCCCGGCCAGAGUGAGGCUGCAAGUACUGUGACCUCCAAUCCACAGGGCACUCACAUGUAUCUCAACUCUGUCAUCUUCAGCCCAGACAAGGGUGACCAGAGCAGGGGUCAUUAUCAGCAGACUGUGCCUAUGAAGUGGGCCCACCAGGAGCCCAGUCAGCAGCAGCCAUCUCUGUCCCAGCAGCAGAGAGCUGCCUCCUGGAAUACCAUGACGAACUGGGGACAAAACAUUAAUUACAUUGGAGGAGUUAACGUAACAGACUCAAGGACCCAGAAUGCAUUUGUGAAGUCGAUUCAUGAGACUUCUGGCUUGCAGCCACAUCAACAACCCCCUAACAGAGCUGCAGACAAGCAGCCUCUAGGGCCUAACUCUGCAGUUGAAGCAUACAGGGAUGCAGUUCAUGCUCGGGGAAUGGAUUGGGAGCAGCAGCAGCCGUCACAGGCCUUUCAGGAGACCCUAAAACCCGGGGCGCUGAACACCCAGCAGCACAGCACAUCACUCCCAGGAGGAAGCUCAGUCUUGCAGCCCUUCCAGCUGGCCUUUGGUCAGCCCAAGCAGCACCUGCCAGCCUACUACCAAACCUUUCAAGGCAACAGGACAACCCUACCGAACCCACCUAUGUACUCAACUCAAGCCCCAAAACCCCCACAACAGUACACAAUACAACGUCAGCAACAGCAACAUAUACUCCAGCAGCAAAUUCAGCAGCAGCACCAUCAACAAAUGCAGCAACAACAAAUCAUUCAGCAUCAACAUGUACAGCUACAGCAGCAGCAACAAAUACAGCAUGAGCAGCAGCAACAAAAGCUGCAGCAGCAGCAGCAGCAGCUCCAAAUUCAGCAGCAAAUGCAACAUCAGCAGUUGCAACAACAAAACCCUCAUGUGCUUGACUAUUACCCCGCUGCACAAAAUGCACACCCUCAUCCACAUCCACAGCCUGUGGUGGUACACUCCCAGGAGUCCUCUGCUACAGCUCCCCCAAAGAUCCAGGAACCAAUUAUCCAGGACAUCACCCCAGAACCCCAGCAGCCUUCAGAGCCACUGCAGCCCCCUCUCCAGUCUGAGCCCCUGUCCCAGUCCCAUACCCAGACACAACUCCACUCCCAAACGCAGCUUCGCAGAUCACGACGACUCUCCAAGGAAGGCGGUGCGCCGUCCGACAACCCUUUUCUCUCCGUCGCUUCAGAUCAGGCUGCUCCGGGACCACAGGGCUCCCAGAACGGGGCUCGUGAAAUCCAGGCAGCGCCGACUGGCGUCAUCCAGAGCACGCGCCGGAAACGCAGGGUGUCCCAGGAGGUCAACUUGGAGACCCUUGCUCAGAAGGCCUCGGAAAUGGAGUCUCUACCAUCACAUGUUGUAAAGGAGCCCCACAGGCCGUGGAGUCCAACUGACUCGGAGGGAAUGAACACCAAGCGGCAUCGAGACGACAGCCUCCUUCCACUUGUCAUCCCUGUCUCUGUUCCAGUGCGAAGGCAGGAAGCUUCCUCUCCUGACAGAGAUGAAGGAGCCCUGGCCUCCAACUGGCCCUCCAGGCCUUCGAACCCCCAGGACCUUUGCCACGCCGACCACAAGCCCUCUGUCAUCGUCACCAGGAGACGCUCACUCAGGAACUCCUUGUCGGAGAGCUCAGAGCAGAAUGGAGGUACUGAAGGAGAAAAAGACGAUGACAAUAAAAAGUCCAAACGGCGUCCCCGGCCCGAGCCUCUUUUCAUCCCACCCCCUAAACCUGGUUUAUUCAUCGCCCCUCCUGUCUACUCCAGCAUCACGCCCUACCAGAGCCACCUACGUUCCCCCGUUCGCCUCGCUGACAACCCCCUCACGAUGCCUCCCUACACACCUCCGCCAAUCCUCAGCCCUGUUCGCGAAGGCUCUGGCCUCUACUUCUCCACUUUCCUUUCCUCUGCUGCAGCUAACACCCAGGGUCUGCCACCUCCCGCAACACCCAAGUCGGCAACACGCAGCCUGUUGCGCUCCAACAGCUGCGACAUCACACCACCAGUUCUGUCUGCUAUGAGCGAGGCCACUCCUGUCAGCAUAGAGCCACGGAUAAACAUUGGGUCACGGUACCAGGCGGAGGUGCCAGAGCUGAGGCAGCGGUCAGCUGUGGAGCUCGAUCAUCAUCGAGCGGAGAUGGUCUGGGCUCCACUUGGUGAACUGGAGGAAAAACCUGACUUUCAGGAGAAAGUGGAAGACCUCAUGCACCUGGCCUGCUCCAGUGUUUUCUGUGGAGGAGGCACAAACCAGGAGUUAGCCCACCAUUGUCUGUAUGAGUGCAAAGGGGACAUAAUGGCUGCUCUGUCCCUCCUAAUGCUGAGGAAUCCAAUUUUCCCAAAGUCUCAUCAUCUGGCGAACUACCACUACUCUGGAUCAGACAGCUGGACUGCAGCUGAGAGACGCCAGUUCAACAAAGGCAUCACUACAUACAAGAAGGAUUUCUUCAUGGUGCAGAAACAG